AUGCUCUACGCCCCACUCUCCCAGCUGCUCUCUGUGGAGCCAAACGGGAAUGAGGAGGCCAUCGCCGUCGCGCUCGACCCCGCCGCCACCUGGACGUCGCCGGAGCACUCCCCCGGCGGCCUGCUUCCCCCUCCUCCCCUACGCCGGUCGUCCCCGUCGCUCCUCCCCGCGCUCACUGCCCAGACCCCGCGCCCCCCCGUGAGGACCCCCUCCUUCUCCUCUUCCCCACGCCCCGCCGGUGCGUGCCUGCACGCGCCCGCCGUGGCCGCGUCCGGCCACUGCGCACGCCCCGCCACCGCACCUCCUCCCGCAGCUCCGCCCGGCCUCGCCCUGUUCUGCCUCGCCGCGCUCCCCGCGUUCGGCCCGCGCCCGGGCCGCGCGUCGCCCCGCCCGGCGUGCCUACACACGCGCGUGGCCGCGCCCUCUCCCCCGUGA